CUUAUCAAUAAGCUAGGGAGAACGAUUGGUUCGUUUUCUUUGACCUCUCAUUUACUUAGACGAUCCUUCCCGGUUUGAGUUUAAUGCAGUAGAUAAUAUACCAUUGCGGUAGAAAUGGAUACAGUGCUCAAAAUGCUGGCGUUGAUCAUUUCUGGAUGGUUUUUCUCAGUGUUUGGUCACGAAAACCAUUAUUUCUACCCCCCGGAGGUGCCUGAGCACCAGGCCAAAUCCUUUCUACACAAAAGACACGUGAACAUUAACGCUUCCCCAAACCCUGCAUACUGCAUCUAUGAGCGUUACGAAAAUUGGUGUAAAUCACACAUACUAUACUGUCAGGGACAACUUGAACAUACAAGAGAACAAAAAUGUGCAACAUUAGCACCUUGUGCUCCUGGCCAGCACUGCCACUUGGCUAAUCCCUGUCCAGAUCGUUUUAGCCUUGCGUGUGUUGACAUUGACGAAUGUGCGAGCAACCCGUGCCAAAAUGGAGGAACAUGUCACAACGGAAACAACCUGUAUACAUGCACGUGUUUACCUGGAUGGACGGGACAUGAUUGUGAAAUAGAUAUUGAUGAAUGUGCCAGCUCUCCCUGUAUGUAUGGAAACGACUGCAUUGAGGAUAGAAUCAACAGCUAUGUGUGUGUUUGCAGUGAGAGAUACGAGGGAGUUCACUGUGAACGAGAUUGCAGACCAGGGCCAGCUGAUAUAAUGUUCUUACUAGAUACGUCAUUAAGUCAAAACGAGGUCAUGAAUCGGUCCAUAGAGUAUAUGACUAGAUUUGUAAAACAGAUUCCCAUUGGACCAAAUGACUUUCAAGUGGCUCUUGUGUCUUAUGCUUUUAAACCUGAAUUGGUCUUUAAUUUCACUGCUCAUCAAAGUAAUACAAGUGUCCUUGACGCAUUGUCUUUGAUAAAAAGUGAAAGGGGCCCAACUACAACAUCAGACGCACUCUCAUUUGUUGCACAGGAAAUAUUAAAGCCAGAAAAUGGAGCUCGUCUGCUACCCAACAUCAGCCAUUAUGCUGUGAUUGUAACAAACGGAUUGUCAACUGAUAGGAAUCAGGCAAUUCAAACAGCCCAGUUCCUGAAAGCCACAGAUUCCAGAUUCAAAAUACUUGCUGUGGGUGUGGGUGACGACAUCGGCCACGAGGAGCUGAUACAACUCCCUACAUACCCUUUCUACACUUUUGCCCCUGACAACGACGAUCUUCUCAUGGCGAUGUUGAAGGAUGCCGCGGAUUACGGAUGCACAGAUUGCAACAGUUCCUCUGUGACUGAUGUAGUGAUCCUCUUUGACACCUCCAAAACCACAAGUCCGUUGACUGGAAAUUCAAUCCAUUCUCUUAAAGCUGUUGACAAACUCUUGGACUCUUUUGAUGUAACAAACACAGAUAUCAGAGCAGCUAUGAUGACGUACGGAAAUGGAUCCCAGAUAAAAUUCGACUUUCAUCAACGAUCAAUCCAUGAUACCAAGGCUAAAAUAUAUACAGCAUCUAUCGAAGAUGAAAAAGGAAAUACUUCCCUUGCAUUAUCUAGUGUACAAGACAAAUUAUUCUUUGGAGUCUCUACAGGAAGCAGAUUUGCUGCGAGAAAAAUAGUUUAUCUAUUUUCAAACGGAAAAUGGUCAAUGACCGAGAUUUCCGAAAUUAGGCAAGAAAUUCUCAAAUUACAUGAUGCUGGAAUUAGCGUCAAUAUAAUGAUACCAGUAAGAAGUCUCAAUGCAGAGAUGGAUAACAUUUUGGCCAAUGCAAGCAAUAUAGCAUUUGAUCCAUUCAGGGUUUACUUGAUAGAGGAUAAUGCAAGUUCUGUUUCAUUCGCAUUGAAGGCAGCUGUGAGAGAUACAAAAUAUGUGGAAUGUCCUCCAGAUAUAUUCAAAGCAAAGCAGUGACAAAGAACUUUGGUAUGCAGAGUAUACUUCAAAGUUUCAUAAAACCCCAGUCUUUUGUUAAAAUCGUUUUCACGGUCGGUAAGACGAAAACAAUGUAGAAUGAAAUCUGCGUCAGAACACUGUUGUGUAAUACAUUGUAUUUAGAACGGUGUUUGUCAGAGUUACGGUGUUUGUCAGAGUUGAUAGAAAGAUGACGUAACACUUGUUUUGCCAUGACACUAUGUUCUAGAAAGGAAGAUUUGGAAUUUUCAUUUUAGUGCAGAUAUACUGUAACGUUUGUGGUAUUAAGCACUCAUCAAUCAUUCUAUAAACACUUCACACAUAUAC